CACAAUUCAGAAUGUUAAGUUGUGUAAAGUGAAGAGAAUGCUGCUCCGAGUGACUAUAAUCCUGCUUUACAUUCUUUGGAUAUCUGCUCUUAGCCAAGACGAGAACACGAGAAAAGAUUCUAUCCGAACAUGCCAGUGCGACACAUGCCAGAAAGGCACUUGUAAAAUCGACAUCACCAACAACAACACGCGAUGCUUUGUGAAGUUCAGCCUUGAUGAAGACAACAAACAGUACACAUACAGAAGCUGUACUAACCAAGCCAUCUUAGCUUGUAACACGCAGCACACAGAACGACCGUUCAAAGUACAGUGCUGUAGUGAGAAUUUCUGCAACAGUGCUGAAAAGAUACCCGACAAUCAUGUGAUACUGUCGGAGAUGCAGAGUAAAUCUACUGACGACAUUACCAUAGAGUCAGUUUCAGACUAUGAUGACGAUGGGGUGGCAGUGGAGGGCGAAACGACCUCCACUGAAGAUGAACUAGGUCUUAUCUACAUUCUUAUGGGCUCGCUAACAGUCCUGUUCGCUAUCUCCCUCUUGCUGGUGCUAGUCUACAAGAGAUGUAACUACGGGACUCCACACAAGGACUACUCCCUGACUCCUCACACUGACUACCCUUUUAACGGAGUCACCAUGGGAAAGGGGGCUUUCCCUUCUCAGCCUGACCUAUCUAGUAGCUUCGGCAGCGGUUCUGGGUAUAAUAGUGAGCGGAGAAUGAACCAGAGAACCAUUGCCCGACAGAUAACACUCAUCGAGACGAUAGGGAAAGGAAGGUUUGGUGAGGUGCACAGAGGUAGUUUCAGAGGCGACAACAUUGCAGUGAAGAUAUUCGCUUCCCAUGACGAGAAGAGCUGGUCUCGCGAGAUGGAUAUCUACAGGACAGCUCUUAUGAGACAUGAGAACAUUCUGGGCUUCAUAGCUGCGGACAACAAGGACAGAGGUAACUGGACGGAGUUGUGGCUGAUAACGGAAUACCACGAGCUGGGCUCUCUUUACGACUUCCUCUCGCAGAACACCCUCAAUAACUACGACAUGCUCAUAUUCGCCCUGUCCAUAGCAAACGGGCUUACCUUCUUACAUAGCGAGAUUAGGGGGACCAGCGGUACUCUGAACGCUAAUGGGAACAACUACCACUGUACCUCAGGAUACAAGCCAGCAAUAGCACAUAGAGACAUGAAGAGUAAGAAUAUCCUAGUAAAGAGUAACAUGGAGUGCUGUAUUAACGACCUGGGGCUCGCUGUAAGACACGACAGUAAGAACGAUGAAGUAGAACGGCCUCCAGAUCACAGGGUCGGAACUAAGAGAUAUAUGGCUCCUGAAGUGUUGGACGACAAGCUAAAUCCUCGCUCUUUUGAUAGCUAUUGUAAAUCUGAUAUCUACUCCUUCGGGCUAGUUAUGUGGGAAAUCGCUUGUAGGACUGUUAAUGCGAGUGCCCCAAUAGUAGAGGAAUACAGACAGCCCUAUCACGAGUACGUUGCUCCUGACCCCACUGUGGAGGAGAUGCGGAAGGUGGUGGUAGUUGACAGGUGCAGACCUGCAAUCUCCAGACAUUGGGGUAGUGACGAGUAUUUGAGGUUGAUGGAGAAGUUGGUACAAGAAUGCUGGUAUCAUGAUCCCGGUGCCAGACUUACUGCUCUUAGGGUGAAGAAAUCUCUAUUGGCCUUCAGAGACUCUCUAAAUAACGAAGUAAAAGUGUAGUGAACAUCACUGGCCUCUUUAACGAGGAUAUUAAAUAACAAGUUGGCGAAUGAAUUCCAAUGAAAGAAGAAACAAAACGAAAUACUGUAAUCUUACUCGGUACUGAAGGUGCUGUGAAUACAGGUGUUAUCAGAAGCUGCCCCGUUAAUAGGCCCUCACGCCGGUCAAUUAUACUGAUUAGUGAUUAAUCUUAUUUUGAUUUCCUUAGCUUUUAAGUUUGACUAAUGUGCGAUUUAGUUUUGUUAUUUAAGGUCUUCUUUUAAGUUAGCUUAUCUGUCAUCAAAAGAAGACCGAUGUAUCUCGUAUGCAACCAUGUACCCACUCAAGCACUCCCAUUACUCCCAAAGCCCAAAUUUACCCCACUUAAGGUACCUUAUGCAGCCUAGGAUUCCACUCUAGGAUUACCCUAAAGCAAUCCUACACGUCACCCGGCUGCACAUCUAGUACAUCAGUCUUCUUUCUUACGACUCUUAAAAUACUUUAUCCUUUAAAAGAUUAUAUAGUUGCCACAUCAAACCUCAAGUCUGAAGUCUGUCCAAAUGUUAGAUAGAAAUGUGUACCUUGACUAAAUGUGCAUGCUAGAUUUGUACAUUUAAACGUAAAAACAAUUCUAAUAUUUAUUAUUUGCUCGCUGCCUGCCUCCAGAUGAAUAGGUCUAUGUUUGCGUUUUUAUAAACUUUUUAUUAACUUAUUGUGGUAUGAAUAUUAUUACGAUGUCACAUUGUAAUAGGAGACACGCACCGGGCGGACCUUUUAAUUGCAUUGAAAAAAAAAGAUCAUUUCAUUGUGAUGAUGUUCGCAUAGAGGUUGUAAAUGUGUCUCUUGAGUGACGCUUUUGUAAAAUGCAAUUAAAUGAUUAAAGUGUAAUCAGCUCUCCGUUUUGACUAUUCUAAUAAUGUUGAAUAUUUUGUACCAUGUGCUCUUUUGAUACGCUCCACCUCUUAUGACGGCUGUACUGUGCGCUGAGUCAUUUAAAGACAAAUAUGUAAUUAAUUAUAACAUGAUUAUGAUUAGUUAUGUAAUAAUUAUCACUACUGGUUUAUAAACUGAUUACGUUACAUUAAUUAAUUAAUUAAGUAACUUGAACCAAAUUUAAGGGUACAGUGGAUGUCGAUCUAAACGGUUUUAAAAACGUUCAUCUAAAAUAAAGUGUACAGAUAUUAUGUCGACACCCACAUCCCAUUUACUGGAUAUAUUGAUUAGAGCUGUUAUACUUUACAGUUUACACCUUGAAAGUGAUGUUAAUACAUUUUUGCUUUUGUAUUCUGUCAGUA